AUGAGUGUCUUUGUUUUACCUCAGAGUACUGUUAAGGAAGUUGAGAAACUUUUUCGUGGUUUUCUAUGGGGUAUUUCUGGGAACAGGAGCAAGCUUCAUCUUGCUUCAUGGCAGCAGGUGGUUAACGCUCACCUUCUCACUAGAGACAACUUGAUCAGGUUUAACUUGCAGAUGAACAGCCUAUUAUGUCAUGUUUGUGAUGGUUACAUUGAGAGUCACAAUCAUCUCUUUUUUGAGUGCUGCCUUUCUAAGAUGAUUCUUAAUCUCAUCUUCUCUUGGAUAGGGUUUAAAGCUUGGCCUAGUGAUUUCAAUGGUUGGGUUGUUUGGCUUGCUAAUGGUCAACAUGGUACUACUUCUUCUAUAUUGAACUUGGUUGUGGCUGCUGUUAUCUACAGCAUUUGGAGAAACAGAAAUAGAUGCGUUUUUUAUGGUUAUUCUUUGACAGUUGAUAGCAUAGCUAAGGAAGUUAUAAAUAUAGUUAAGUACCAUUUAUACAUUGUUAAUACUAGGAAGAUUUCUCUCCAAGACCAGCUGUUUAUUAGAAAACUCCAAUGUAAUUAA